AUGGAAAGAAAAAUUAAGUUACGCUUUUUUAUUAAAAUUUUUACGUUUAUAUUAACUUGGUUAUGUCUUCUUUACAGUGAUAUGAAUAUAUUUGACAAAUCCUUGGAUGAGAGAAACAAUUUUGAUAGAAUGUUAUAUACAAGAAAUUAUCGAUCACUAGUAAUCUAUGAAAAUAAAAUAUAUUCCAGUUUUGGAAGGUCAGAGAAGGAGAUACCUUAUUGUUUUAAAAAAACGAAUGAAAAAAAUUUUACAAUUAAUUAUGAAAAAAGGAACAAAAAAAAAAGUGAACAUUCAUAUAAAACGUCAAUAAUUAAUAAUAAAGGUUAUAAGGAACCUAUGAAAUGUAAUAGUAACAUUUUUCAUAGAACAUGUUCCAAUUUCGAAAGAAAAUUUUUAAAUGCACUUGAUAAAAUGUGCUUUUUGAAAAAGAUAAGGAUAAAUAAUGAUGAAUCUUACAGAAAAUUAAAAAAUAAAAAAUAUAAAUUGCGACUUGGUUUACUUUUAUUAGUUUUCUUGCUUGUGUUAAUGAUACCCAUGUUAGAUUUAUCAUUCACAUAUGGGGGACAAAAAAAUGGAUUAUUGGGUACAUUAGGGCUGUUAUCUGUAAUUGUUACAAAAAGGUUUGAUUUACGUAUUAUGGGUGGUGAUAUUACAAUAAGUGGACCUAUAGCAACAUGGUUUGGCCUAAGUCAGAAGCAUUUUGUAGGAAUUGAAACAGCAGUGAGUAUUCUCUUUUAUUGCGUGCCUUUCUUUAUAUUAGCUAUAAUACUUAUAAUAGCGGUUGUUUAUUACUAUAAAAAUUCCAUAAAAAAUCAAAAAAUAAAGUUCAAAGAAACAUUCUAUGAAUAA